CUCUACUCAACAGCAGGACUACGGAAUCUGCGGCUGAAACAGGCCUUCGAAAUGGCGUGCACUCUUAACACAGUCUGUUGGAUAUGGAUCUUAGCCUCUGCCGUGGCUCAGACGCCGCCCAAGCUGAACCUGUACCUUGGGGACAUCGAUGAGCAUUGCUGGCCAGAGGGCAGUGUUUAUGAUACCUACGAGACAAUCGUGACUACACUCGACUACGCAACAGUCCAUACAAAUAGACAACUAGCAUCAGAGGAUGUUGACUUUGUUUUUAGUGUUAUCUCCGGCUGUAGUCUGAUCGAGGCAAAACAUGUUUCCAGUGUUAUUAGCUUCUUGAGAGUAGCUCGGCUCCCGGCAAACUCCAGUGCUGGUUAUUCCGUUUUCUUGGGCCCACGACUUGGAAGCAACUGCCACUUUAUCACUGAUUGGAUCGCCCUUGGAGCAGACUCAUCUGAAGCCCACGGAAACCUCUACCAGAUCAGUUACCUCUGCCAAGAUGUUGACUUUUUUAGUCAUUCUGAGAAGUUGCAAUCCGGCUACUCAGAAAAGACCUCCUUCGCCGUGAAUCUAAAGGACCCUACAAUUAUUCGAUCUUUAAAGAUAUUCCUGAGACAGGACGGCUGGAAGAAUAUUGUCGUGCUAUUCGAGGCCAGUCCAUUGGUCUUGACGUACAGCGCACUUGCCCAGAAUUUGCAGCUAUAUCUCUCAAGGACAGCACCUGGCAGGGAGCGACUCAAUGUAGUUACAGUCCACCAUCUGCAGUUGAACAGUGACCCUUGGAGGAUUGUCGAGCGGUUUUGUAAUCCUUGUGAAGCCAUUAUCCUCCUGGCCCGCCCACCUCUCUCUUUGUACUUUAUUGACAUGGUGAGUUAUAUGUCCUUCUGUGAGAAGAGCCAGAUUGCUAUCAUCCAGGUGGAUCCGUCGAAUGCUAUAGCCUACGAUGCCUUACGUCUUUGGCGAUAUAUUCUUUCAACAAAUGGAGCACUCGGAGCCGCCGCUCAAUGUACAUUUGUGAUGGCCGCGCUUCCAGCUGGCCAGGGCUUUGACAUUUCCUCCUUCAUCCUCGAAAGUAAAAUCCAUGUGUCUCUUGCGUCCGCUUUGGCUUUAGCCAUUCGCUUGACUGACGUUAACUACGCCAAACAUGGCGAUGUAUUGCCCAACAACACAAGUUUCUUCGCUCCGCUUACUAAAGGAUUGUUUACGGUUCCAGUUCUGCCGAAUGUGACAUACAGCUUUUCCAAUGACGACGACGAAGCAAUCGAAUAUUAUGAUUUUUACUUUUUUACCUUCACACGUGCAAUAUUUGCGACAGGCACCAAUAUCAGUGCUUUGGACUUUGAGGAGAUAUUUGAACUCAACAGCGUGCUCUUGUACCCAAAAAGCACUUUCACAACUGUGAACGAUAAAGUUUGGCCAGAUCCCAAUCGUCAUCCUGAAAAUUCUCAAAAACGUCGUACAAAGUCCACAUUUAAAGUAGUGCAACAGGAUUUCUACAAGAAAGGCACCUCCGGUGGCAUUGAUAAUGGGCUGAUUUCGAAAAUGCGCCAGACUGAUGAUAGUUUUAUUAAAAUUGAACACUUCAAGUGCUCUUGGCAAGAAUUACGUAUCGUACAACCUGCAAAACAAAUACCAGGUGUGAGGCAACAAAACAAGACCCUGAAAAUUCGAAAGUGCCCGAACGGACUCAUUUUGUAUCCAGACGAUGUUGAGACCACUGAAGUCUCCACAUCGCCAACAGAGGAGUUACGGGGUCGCAUAAUUCACCUAAAGCGAAUUGAUGUACCUGAGGCAAUACUGAAAUCAAAAGUCAUGGGUCAUUUGCGCGCCCUCCGUGAACUUCAAUAUGAAAACAUCAACCCUUUCAUUGGAGUUUAUGUGGACAGCAAAUCCUUUUAUCUGGUGUAUGACAACUGCAGCAGAGGAAGUCUACAGGACGUUCUGGCUCAUCCAACUCUUACUCUGGAUGAACAAUUCCGACUUUCUCUAUUGAAUGAUCUAAUCAAGGGUAUGAAUUUUCUGCACAAGUCUUUCGUGAAAGCACACGGAAGGCUUACAUCUAGUAACUGCGUUAUCAGUGUACGAUGGGUUUUGAAGAUCACUGAUUUCGGUGUGGGCAAAGUCCGGAAUUUCUACAGAUUUGCCCAGCAACAUGAUCCUGAGGAUCUCCUCUGGACUGCACCGGAAAUACUGCGCAACCCAUGUCUAUAUUUACUGGGAACCCAGAAGGGUGACGUCUAUUCCUUUGCUAUAAUUGCACAUGAACUAUUCUGUCAUUCACCGCCCUUCGGAGAUUGUGGCCUGGAAAUCCCUGACAUUCUCCAACGAAUACGCUCAGGGAGACCUGUUUUCAGACCAAAGAUUGAAAAGAAGAACAUAGCUUCAACACUCAAAGAACUGAUAAAAAGCUCAUGGUCGGAGAUUCCAGAAUGUCGGCCUACUUUUGAGCAAAUCAGCCAAAGUUUUAAUGAAAUCGUACAUUGCAGGGAUGUUAAUAUUGUCGACCACAUGCUAGCAAUAAUGCAGAAAUAUUCUGAUCAAUUGGAGGCUGAAGUACAAGAACGAACAUUGGAGCUGCAGGAAGAAAAGCAGAAAACGGAGGAUCUCAUAUCUAAGAUGCUGCCACUGCCGGUUGCUCAAACGCUGGUAGCUGGAAACUCAGUGGAUCCGGAAGCAUUCGACAACGUCACUAUUUACUUCAGUGAUAUUGUUGGAUUUUCCUUGAUCUCCGCCAAAUCUACGCCACUGCAAAUUGUUGACCUGCUCAAUGACAUCUACACCACAUUUGAUGCAAAGAUUGAGAAGUUUGACGUUUAUAAGGUCGUUCUAGAGUUGUUUUAUUUGAAGCACAUAUACAUCGACCGAUUAUUAGUUUAA